AUGAGUGGUACUGCUAAUCGUAUACAAGCCGAAGGUGUUAUUAAAAAUAUUAUUCGAGAAAUUGUUCAAGAAUGUGCAUCUCGUGGCGAAGGUGUAUCUGAAACAUUAGUAGCAUUCAUUGUUAAAGCAGUUGUACUUGAACCACAAAAUGAUUUUCAAGUAGAUCGUGUUUUAGCAUCCGAUGAUGUUAAACGUCUUAUUGAUUUAUGUGUUAGACGUUUACUUGAUAAUAAAUCAUCAUCACUUGAUACAAUUAAAAUGCAAGUUUAUUUUGAUAUGAAUUAUACAACACGUGAUGAAUUUUUAACUGAACAUCGACGUGUACUUGAAACUCGUCUUCAGCCAAUUUUACGUGAAAUAACCGAUAAUCGAGCAUCAUCGAAAGAUGAACUUGAAUCACUUUAUCGAAAAAUUGUUUCAAGUGUAUUACUUCGAUCUGGACUUGGUUCACCAACAGAUAUAUCUGUUGUACGUGAAGCAACAGCUGCCUUACAAAGUGUUUUUCCACAAACAGAAUUAGGUAAUUUUCUUAGUUUAUCAAAACGAGAUAAAGAUCGACAAUUAAUUGAAUUAACACAAAUUGUUACUGGUAUUCGUUUAUUUAAUAAAGAAUGUGGAAAAGGUGGUGAAGGCAUUGAUAAUUUACCUGCUAUAUUAAAUGAAGCUAUACCAGCAACAUUAAAAGAAAUUCAACAACAAACAGAUGAUGCUAUUGAUUCAAGUGAAAAAUUUAUUGCUGUAUUAGAUACAAUGACAACAUUAUCACAAAAACAAUUAAGUAAAGAUGCAACUAAACAUAAAGUUCAAGAAUCCAUGAUUAAUUCACGACAACUUGAACUUUAUCUUAAUAUACUUUCAAAUGAUGUACGACAAAGUGCACAUGAAGUUGAAGAAUUAUUAUCACAAUUUAAAGCACGUUUAGACCAACUUAAAACAACAAUACAAAAUAAAACAGCAGUACCUACUGCUCAAGUUUAUCCUCAAUUUAUGCAUUUGGCUACAAUAUGGUUUGGUUUUCAAGAUGAAAUGGUUUUACUUAGUGUACUUUCAAAUAUUUUAUAUAGUCUUGAACCGUAUACACUUAAUUCUAAAGAAUUAUUAGCUGAUGAAGCUAUAAGAAAAUGUUUAAUGAAAGUAUCAAUUGUAACCGAUAAACAACGUUUACAAACUAAUAAUGGUGGUGUUGUUGUACAACCAGAAGAACGAAAUGCUGAAGGAAUUUGGUAUUAUCAGGAUACAACAAAAAAUUUUGAUAAAUUACCAUUAAUGUAUAAAGCCUUAAAUGAUUUCAAAUUAAUACAUGGUGAUACACGUAUUGGUAUUGUUCAAAUAAAUGAUCGUUAUUAUUCAUUUAGUGAACCAAAAGAAGCUGUAUUAUUUUGUCGAAAAUCUUCAACAUUUAUUGAAUCCAUAGCAAAUAAUGCUAAAUUAAAUCCUGAACUUAUUCAAUUACUUGAUUUACAUACACAAUUUUCCAAUGUUGCAUCAUAUGGUGAUUUAGCACAAGUUUCAUCUAAACCACAAAUGAAAGCUGAUUUUGGUACACAAACUGAUACACAUUUUUAUGAAAAAAAUAUUGUUAAAAAUUAUGAAUGGAAUGAAUGGGAAUUAAGACGUAAAGCAUUAAAAUUAGCUAAUUUACGAAGACGUUUAACAAAAUCUGUACAAACUAAUAUAAGUAAUUUUCGACGAGAAAAUUCUACACAAGUUUAUUUACCAAAAGAUCAAUUUAUUCAAACAAAACGUGAUAAUUAUUCGAAUGUACCACAACCAAAAGUUUAUUUAAGUGGUAUUCGUGGACAUCAACGACAUGAUGAUGGACAAUUUUUACCGGCAAAUGUUAAAAAAAUAGAUUUGACAGUUGAUAUUGAUGAAUAA